AUGGAUCUUAAUUUCAUUAGAACUGCAGAAGUUGUAGAUGUUGUUCGUAGAAUAAUUGCUGCUGCUCCAAGUUUGUGCGUCAUUGUUGAUGGAGACACCGGAGGUGGUGGCCCUCUUAAUGUUCAAAGGUUCAUCAAAGACUUGAUUGCAGCGGGUGCCAAGGAUCAAGUACAGCCAAAGAAAUGUGGUCAUAUGCGUGGUAAAAUGGUUGUACCAGCAGAGGAACAUGCACUUAAAACCGCAGUAGCAAGAGACGCUAUUGCCGAUUCUGAUUUUUUCUUAGUAGCAAGGACUGAUGCAACAGCACCCCAUGGCCUUCAAGAAGCUAUUCAGCGUGCUAACCUUUACAGAUUCAAGCUCUUUCUUUAA